GCACGUGUGGAUGUCAAUCCUGCAGCCCCUCUUCCAGGCCCCCUCCCCAGCCCUGCAGGGCUCAUGUUACCGCUGGCCUUUGCUAAAGGGCACUAGUCCCUCUUUAACCUUUGCAAAAGGGGACUAUAAUUCUGGCGAAGGGAGAGACCCCCGAUCUGAAGGCCCUCCCCUGCCCCUCCCCAGAGCUGGAAUUAAAAGUAGGGGCUUUUAUUGGGGGACAGAGAGGAAGGAGGGGUAGUCAUUGACCUUUGGGAAGGGGGCAGGUGCCCAGGGACAAAAGCUGCUGCUUUCGGCUGUAGUGGGCACUUGGCUGCCAGCCCAGUGUGGAGGGGGAGGAUGGAGAGGGAGAGAGGCGGGACUGGCUGGGGUGCGGGGUGGCUAGGGGAUAAAUGCCCAGCCUGAGAGGGGGUGAGCUGACACUGUCCCAGCUGCCACCUAGACUCGGAGCUCACCCCGAACCCCUAGCGAAGACAUCCCAGCCAUGGCCAUGCAGAAGAUCUUUGCCCGGGAAAUCCUGGACUCCAGGGGCAACCCCACAGUAGAGGUGGACCUGCACACGGCCAAGGGCCGAUUCCGAGCAGCUGUGCCCAGCGGAGCUUCCACGGGUAUCUAUGAGGCCCUGGAACUGAGAGAUGGGGACAAAUCCCGCUACAUGGGGAAAGGGGUCCUGAAGGCCGUGGAACACAUCAACAAGACCCUAGGCCCCGCUCUGCUGGAAAAGAAACUAAGCGUCGUGGAUCAAGAAAAAGUUGACAAAUUUAUGAUCGAGCUGGACGGGACUGAGAACAAGUCCAAGUUUGGGGCCAACGCCAUCCUGGGCGUCUCCCUGGCCGUGUGCAAGGCUGGCGCAGCAGAGAAGGGGGUCCCGCUCUACCGGCACAUCGCGGACCUCGCCGGGAACCCGGACUUGGUCCUCCCGGUCCCUGCCUUCAACGUGAUCAAUGGGGGCUCCCAUGCUGGAAACAAGCUGGCCAUGCAGGAGUUCAUGAUCCUGCCCGUGGGAGCCAGCUCCUUCAAGGAAGCUAUGCGCAUCGGCGCCGAGGUCUACCACCACCUCAAGGGGGUCAUCAAGGGCAAGUACGGGAAGGACGCCACCAACGUGGGCGACGAGGGUGGCUUUGCACCCAACAUCCUGGAGAACAACGAGGCCCUGGAGCUGCUGAAGACCGCCAUCCAGGCAGCCGGCUACCCCGACAAGGUGGUCAUCGGCAUGGACGUGGCAGCGUCCGAGUUCUAUCGCAAUGGGAAGUACGACCUCGACUUCAAGUCCCCUGACGACCCCGCGCGGCACAUCACUGGGGAGAAGCUGGGGGAGCUGUACAAGAACUUCAUCGAGAACUACCCUGUGGUUUCCAUCGAGGACCCCUUCGACCAGGAUGACUGGGCCACCUGGACCUCAUUCCUCUCGGGGGUGAACAUCCAGAUCGUGGGGGACGACCUCACGGUCACCAACCCCAAGAGGAUUGCCCAGGCCGUUGAGAAGAAAGCCUGCAACUGCCUGCUGCUGAAGGUCAACCAGAUUGGCUCAGUGACCGAGUCCAUCCAGGCCUGCAAACUGGCUCAGUCUAACGGCUGGGGGGUGAUGGUGAGCCACCGCUCCGGGGAGACUGAGGACACGUUCAUCGCCGACCUCGUCGUGGGGCUCUGCACGGGACAGAUCAAGACGGGUGCUCCCUGCCGCUCAGAGCGUCUGGCCAAGUACAACCAGCUCAUGAGGAUCGAGGAGGCUCUCGGGGACAAGGCUGUCUUUGCGGGACGCAAGUUCCGUAACCCGAAGGCCAAGUGAGAAGCUGCAGGCCCCAAGACCUCACAGGACCCAUCUAGGCCUUCAGGCCCUUCCCUGGGGGAAUAAACACUGGUGGCAAGCAA